CGACGCGGCUAGGAGUCUAUCGGGUCCCGCUGCGGUUCGGACUGAGGUGGCAUCUCUCUUCCGCCCCCCCUCGUCCCUAAGUUCCUACCCUCCGAGGAUCGCCCUCGACCUUUACCCUCGUCCAUUUCCCCCUUUCCUCCCUGCGCCAGUACCCCCGAAUCCUAAUCGCUCCACUCGUGGCGCCCCCCGCGUUUCUCCUCUCCGCCGCAAACCCCGCGACCUCCAGCAGCCCGCCCCCGCGAGCCGGAUCCUGCCUGGCUGCUCCGGCCGCAACCUCCUCAGCCUUCCCGCUCUUCUAGGGCUCGCGCCACUACACCCCCGGGUGUCUCCCCUCGGGCUUCCCGGUUCCCUCCUCCUCCCGCCCCCUCGGAGCCCCUCCCCCGCCUUGGCCAGCCGGCAUGCAGGUGUCUAUCGCAUGUACCGAGCAGAACCUUCGCAGCCGGAGCAGUGAGGACCGUCUGUGUGGACCCCGGCCGGGCCCCGGGGGCGGUAAUGGCGGGCCGGUCGGCGGGGGGCAUGGGAAUCCUCCGGGGGGAGGAGGGUCGGGCCCCAAGGCCCGGGCCGCAGUGGUCCCCCGACCCCCAGCGCCCGCUGGGGUCCUCCGAGAGAGCACCGGCCGAGGCACUGGCAUGAAAUACAGGAACCUAGGAAAGUCUGGUCUUCGGGUAUCCUGCCUUGGCCUAGGUACCUGGGUCACAUUUGGUUCUCAGAUCUCAGAUGAGACAGCAGAGGAUGUGCUGACAGUAGCCUAUGAGCAUGGCGUAAACCUGUUUGACACCACCGAAGUGUAUGCAGCGGGAAAGGCUGAAAGAACCCUAGGCAACAUCCUCAAGAGCAAAGGUUGGAGGAGAUCAAGCUAUGUCAUCACCACCAAGAUUUUUUGGGGAGGACAGGCAGAAACUGAGCGAGGCUUGAGCCGCAAACACAUCAUUGAGGGCUUGCGAGGAUCCCUGGAACGCCUCCAGCUGGGAUAUGUGGAUAUCAUCUUCGCCAAUCGCUCAGACCCCAACAGUCCCAUGGAGGAGAUUGUGCGAGCCAUGACCUAUGUCAUCAACCAGGGCCUGGCCCUAUACUGGGGGACAUCCCGAUGGGGGGCUGCAGAAAUCAUGGAGGCCUACUCCAUGGCCAGACAGUUCAACCUGAUUCCUCCAGUGUGUGAACAAGCUGAGCACCAUCUGUUUCAGAGGGAGAAGGUGGAGAUGCAGCUGCCAGAGCUCUACCACAAGAUUGGUGUUGGCUCAGUCACCUGGUCCCCUCUGGCCUGUGGCCUCAUCACUAGCAAGUAUGAUGGGCGAGUCCCAGAUACCUGCAGGGUCAACAUCAAGGGCUACCAGUGGCACAAAGACAAAGUGCAGAGUGAGGAUGGCAAGAAGCAACAAGCCAAAGUCAUGGACCUUCUCCCCAUCGCUCACCAGCUGGGCUGCACCGUGGCGCAGCUUGCUAUUGCGUGGUGUCUCCGCAGUGAGGGUGUCAGCUCGGUCUUGCUGGGGGUGUCCAGUGCAGAGCAGCUGAUUGAACACCUGGGCGCCCUGCAGGUGCUGAGUCAGCUGACCCCGCAGACGGUGAUGGAGAUAGAAGGGCUCCUGGGCAACAAACCGCAUCUCAAGAAAUAGUCCGUCGGGGGCGCAGGGACCCAAACCGGAGCCGCUUCCCCCCCCAACCCCAACCCCCGCCCCCGCCCCCGCCCCCGCCCCCGCCUCCGCCUCCGCCUCCCUCCCGCUCCGGAUCCCUCCACGCAGCGGCCGGAGCCAGGGAAGCCCCGCCCACUAACGAGUUCCGGCUACAGCAGCGAAAGCAUGAACAAAGCCAUAUCCUCCCGCAGUGGGGCUUGAGAGGGAAAGUAGUCCGCCGCCCCCUAUUGCGUUCUCCUAGGCCUCCCUGCUAAUCCUGGGCAUGAGCUACUGGGCCGUCCCCUCUCUGCCACUUGGACUCGCUCCCUUCUCUCUUCCCCUAAUCGCCGAGGCCCAGGGGGAAAAAAAAGGCAGAUACAAGACCCACGCAGAGUACCUCAAAAGUGGCCCUUGAAAUGUCAUCAAGGGGUAACAACCUAAUAUGAAGUGAGUUUUGAUGUCAUCUGGGACAAAGGAGAUGGGGCUCUUACAUUCGUUACAAAGGAGGCCAGGCUGGUCCUGGCAGGAAGUAAAUGAUAAUCUUUGGGAAACUAGGACCCCGCCUCAGCCAGGAGGUAAAGGAGGGCUUAAAACCACAGAGUGUUGAUACUUUGUUCUUGCCGAGAGGGGUAGGGUGGGGAGUGCAGUGACAAAGCACUGAUGAGGGAAAAUUGAUGGCCGGUGUAUAGCUUGUCGUGGCACAAGUGGCCAGGGAAACCCUUGGAAAGUACGGUUGGGCCGCACUUCGCAGGAAAAGGUGACAGCCUUUAGGUCACGGCAGAGAAACGGGGCUGACAUAAAAAGGUCUGGAGAUAAACUUUUGAGCCUUGAGCAGGACUCCCUACCUGGCAGUGGAGGACUGUAGUCUUCCUCCUGGCAAUAAUCUUAAAGCAAUAAUGAUGGCCCCUCUUGUGUAAGACUUCCCAGGGAACUGUAAAUAAAAUCUCGGCUUGAUCAUCA